CAGCACAUUCUCUACCCGGCGCACUUACGCAGCAGCACCGCCAGUGUGUGGAGCAGCGGCCGGAGGCUUCUAGAAGCAGCGUGCACCGGGACGGUCGCCGGCACAAGAAGAAAAACGAGCCCGCUCUCCGCGUUCACACCGACUCAGAUCGACACGUCGUCCGGCUGGACAUGGCUAAGUGGGGAGAAGGGGACCCUCGGUGGAUCGUGGAGGAGAGAGCCGACGCCACGAAUGUCAACAACUGGCACUGGACUGAACGAGAUGCGACAACCUGGUCGUCGGACAAAUUAAAAUCCCUGCUCCUCGGUCUGAGCGUGGAGAACGACGACGGGAGAUGCGAGGUGACAGAAGUCGGCAAGGUGGAAGGGGAAGCCUCGAUUAACAACCGCAAAGGGAAACUUAUUUUCUUCUAUGAAUGGAACCUGAAGGCCACCUGGACCGGAGAGUCAAAAGCGGGAGUCAAAUACACAGGAUCCAUUGAAGUUCCGAACCUUUCUGACGAGAACGACAUGGAGGAUCUCGAUAUUGCCGUGUCGUUGAAUAAAGAUGAACCUGAAACGCCGCUGACAAACCUGAUGAAGGCAAAAGGAGCUGAGAAAAUCCGUGAAGCCCUGGGAAGCUACGUUGGGUAUCUAAAAACAGAGUUCACACAGGGAAUGAUCCUCCCUACAGCCAACGGUGUGGCCAAGUCCACAUCGCAGUCCAAAGCCAAGCUGGAUAAAACUCGGAUUUCCUCCUCCUCAGGCGGAACAGCUGCUCCCAUCAACACCGGCGUCAAGAUCCCAACCUGCAAAUUCAGCUUGAGGGAAAAGUUCCUCACCUCACCAGCUGAUCUCUACAGGGUCUUCCUCAACCAGGAGAUGGUCCAGGCGUUCACACACGCUCAGGCGACAGUGGACGGAGAGAAAGGCGGAAAGUUCCGUCUGCUUGAAGGGAAUGUUUUUGGUGAAUUCGCAGAGCUGGUACCUGAUGAGAAAAUAGUAAUGAAGUGGCGAUAUAACAACUGGCCCUGUGAGCACUACGCCACCAUCACCAUGACGUUCUUCGACCGGAGCAGCGAGACGGAGCUGAAGGUGGACUGUCGCGGCGUCCCGGACAACGAGGAGGAGCGGACGAAAGAGGGCUGGAAGAGAUACUACUUUGAAGCUAUCAAACAGACUUUUGGCUACGGAGCGCGACUCUACUGAAAACGGUUUUACUGUAGUUCACGGUUUUUCUUCUCUGUUUGGAAGUUUUUUUUUUUAAAUAUACUCGUCCUCCGAUCUCUCUGGCACAAGAUGUCCAACUGAUAAAACUCAAAGCUCGAGUUGACAAAAGAGACAGCGGGGUGAUUCUGUCACCAGUCUAAGUGUAAAUGUUUUAAUUAGUUUUCAACGUAUUUAAAAUCUAGAUUUCUCCCCGUCAGUAUUUGGGCCGGUUGUUCUAAGAGGAGCGUAGAUGGACUGUGCCUCUGGAUUAAAUAAAGCAAAGAAGAAUCUAUCGAACCACUAAUGCAAAUUGGCCUCCACUUCUAUAAAUAUGUAAUUAAUGCAAGAGUUAAAAUAAGUGUUCGGUUUUUCUUUUACUUGAAAAAAAAAAAAAAUGGUAUAUUAUGUUGCUUUUUUUUUUUCUACUUAUUAUACUCUUUUCAAGUGUAACUGUAGUGAAGAUGCAUGUUUCAUUUCAAGCUGCCAGACGGAGGAAUGACUACUGGAUCUGAACUGUACUGGUGAAGUCCGUCGCUUAGAGCCGAGCAGUUCUUUACUUUGUCUUUGUUUCAUUGAGACUUUUUCAUGUUCAUCAUCACCAGAUCAGAUCGGAGCUUCAGCAGGAAAACGUUUGCCCAAAUGUUCGUCACUGUUGGAAAAUGAAAAAACUGUUUCAUAAUGCAGCUAGCUAGAGUAGCAUCUCAGACGUUUUGCUAUAUUUGGCUUCAAAAAAUGUCAAUUUACAGUUAAAAAAAAAAAAAAGGUUUUCAUCUAUUUAUUCAUUAUUUCACCUCACGAUGUAAAAAGAUUAGUUUCUUGGAAUAAACCAAUCCCUGUAUGCUCUUGA